GUAUCACAUGGCUAAAGCUUUGUUUACGUUGAAUCAUGUCAUUUGUUGCAUGUACUUUGUGCAAAGUUCUUGCAAUUUUACACCUCAUUUUACCAAACGACCUCAUGAUCGACCUUCAACGACCGUAGAAUCAGUGAUUGUUGUCAUUUCCUGAGUAAAUUCGACACAUUUCUCAAGCCAUCACUAAAAUGACUGCGUUGUUGCUUGGCUGGUUUCGACCAUGCUUCGCUACAAAGUUCUGCGUAGUUUGAAAAUUUAUUUUCUUACUGGAAAAAUGGUUGACGCUAAGAUCAAAGAUUUCGGCUAUAAUUUAUGUCGAAAAUAUCUUGGUGGGAAAUGGAAGAAAAUCAGUCCACAACAUUUUGAAAUUGAACGAAUUCAUGGUGGAUUAACGAAUCAUUUGUUUCUGUGCUCUCUGCCACAUGAAUAUGUAAAUUCAAAUCCUGAUGGUGUGAACAAAGCACUGCUUCGGCUAUAUGGCGCAUUCUAUGCAGAUUUGUCUGACAACAAUGUUCGCAUGAUGGAGGAAUGCAUCAUUUGCGGCCUUUUAGCUGAAAAAAAGAUGGCCCCAGAGUUGUAUGGUAUAUUUCCUGAAGGAAGACUUGAACAGUUUAUUCCUAAUGUUCGAGCAUUAACUAGUCGGGAAGUCCAGUAUCCUCGUUUAUCACAACAAAUAGCUGAGCAUGUUGCUGCAUUUCAUAAGCUAAAACUUCCUCUCUCAAAGGAAGGAACUUGGUUUUUGGAUUCACUUCAAAUAUUUGUGAAGGAAAUUAAAGGUCUUAAAUUUUCCAAUGUUGAUAAAUUAAAGAUCUUGGAUGAAAUUUUUCAUAAAUUUGACAUUGAUGAAAUUCUCAAAUAUAUCAGGCACGUGGUUGAAAACAGCCAAUCACCAGUUUUCUUCUGCCAUAAUGACGUACAACCAGGAAACUUGUUGGUGAAAGCAAAUGAAGAUCUCGAUGAGGCAAAAAUUCGUGUGAUUGAUUUCGAAUAUUCGUGUUAUAACUACAGAGGAUACGAUAUUGGUAAUCAUUUCAGUGAAUGGAUAUUUGAUUAUAAUCAUCCACAUUAUCCCUUUUUUACCGGAGACGUCACCAAAUAUCCUUCUUAUGAUCAAAAGGUAUUUUUCGUCCGUGCGUAUUUACAAGCUUACAAUGAAACGACUGACGUCACGUUAGACGAGAUUGAAAAAGUUAUCGACGAAGCUGAUAGAUUGUCUCUUCUUUCUCAUUUCUUUUGGGCGAUGUUUUCAAUUCUUCAAAGUUAUAAAUCCUCGAUCAAUUUUGGUUAUCUCGAAUACGCCCUUUUUCGAAUGGAAUGCUUAAAUCAUUUCAAGCAUUUUUCCGAGGAGAAACCUGGAGACAAGUUUAGGGUGAAUUUUGAGCCCGUCACAAGUUGCUGAUGAUCGAGAAAUUCAUUUUUUGGUGAUUAGAAAGAAUAUCAUUCAGAUGUAGCAUGUAUGUAAAUUAUCUCCACCAACACAAUUUUUUUUUGCGUCUUUAUUCGAAGUCUUCUUGAAUAACGGGGUUUCUUUUGAAUUUACCAAUUACGAACAGUAAUGGGCUUAAAUGUAAGGUGAGUAUGACUGCGUUCACCUGUGUAUGAAUUUAUACACAAAUUUUCAAAUGAAUAAUCUAGUGGUUUAACUCUAUCUGUUGUAAAUUUUUAUGUUAAAUUAUGUAACGAGUGACUGUGUCUUAUUAUGGAUUAUAAGAUUUAACUGAUGUUAUUAAAUUAAUGUAAAAUACUAUAGUCAUGUUGAGAGAACACUUCCUCAUCGCAAUUCGUCAUUUCGGUAGGAUGUAGGUAGAAACGGAAUGGCAAAGUUACAAGUCAUAUGUAAACGCCUAAAACCACUUCCAAAUAAUUAUACAUAAAUAUAGCUUGCAAGCGUUGGUUCGGAAGUUCGGAUAUUUGACGUUAUUGGUGUAUGAACUGGUCAUACAAAUUUGAUAAAUUAGAGUCGUAUUGCAGAAGGCAAUAAAGUUCGAAAACGCAGUUUAAGGAUUGACGGUUGUACGUAAUCUUAUCGAGAGCAAUUUAAUUAUUGCGUAUCGCAAAGAAACAACGCUUGGAACGUAAAAAUCGUGCACAUCCACUGUAAAUAUCCUAUUGAAGUGUUAAAAUAUUACAUUGAAAAUACA